AUGCGAACUCUUGGAGUAGGAUUGAUUUCAAAGCUUGUCUUUGCCAUUUGGAUGCUAAAUAUAGCAGCAACUAGCAAGUCCAAGAAGGAAGAGAUUUUCAAUAGUAUCUGCGAAGUGUCUCCAUCACCAAAACUAAUUAACUAUUACUUUAGUGAUGAUCAACUCAAAGAGUUCCUGGAAUGGAUAUGUAGAACAACCGACACCAUUUCCGACAAUAUCGACGAAAUCAACGUUACCGUAGAGCUAAUAAAGAAAAGCAGAGAAGGAUUGUCGGAGCCUGUCCGGUUGGUUGGAGAUCUCUUUGUUAGUAUAUUUGCAACCAUAACAAAAAAAGACUUAGAGUUUUACAGCAAACUAUCUCGACUUGUUCUUGUCAAGCUGAUUAACACUCCAGACAUCAUCGAAGAGAUGAUGAGUAGUGGAAAGGAGUAA